UUUUAUUUUUUAAUGAAUGAAAAAGAUGCGCCCUCUUCUGGCGAUGAAUUGAAGCAAAUCAAAAUUUAAUUAGGAUAAUGAGAAUGUGGCAAAUGGAGAAGCUACGUAGUUCUGCUGCUUCUACUAGUUGUAGCGGCUGCAAUUGGCAAUGGAGAGCGGUGGUGCUGGCGGCGGCGGCGGCGGUAGUCUCGUCUUGUUAACGAAACCUGGCUUCAUCAAAUUUCAUCAAAAACCUCUUUUCCCCUUCAAAAGCUCCCGUUAUAUUUCUCGCAGAUCAUACAUUGCUAUUGUCACACCCACCACCACCUCCGCCAGCUAUAGGCCCCGGGACUCCAAUGCCGAAACCGUUGGGUCUAAGAAAUUCAAAUUCAAGUUUCGAGACAAGAACAAUAAAUAUAGAGGAAUCGAUGAAAUGGAAGAACAAAAUGAAGAUUUAGAAGGCUAUAGAAGGAAAGGCAAGAAGCGGAUGUGGUGGUCAGAAGGUUCACCGGAUAUGGUGGAAGAAGAAGAUGCUGGAAUUUUAGAGGAAUUUGUUGAUAGUCUUUGGAUUUUUAAGGUAUUCAAAUCCUAUGGUUGGGCACUUCCCCCCAUCAUCUUGUCUUUGCUGCUCGCUAAUGGCCCCAAGGCUUUCCUUAUGACAUUAGCCCUUCCUCUUGGGCAGUCGAUCCUAACUUUUUUGUUUGGAAAGUUGUGGGGAAGGACACAAAGUAAGCCAAAAUCCAAGGCCAGAAAAAAGAGGGAACCAUUUGGCAGCUUUUCCAGCAAUGUUGAAAUGGAUGAUGAAGAGCAAGAAGAAAGGCAGAAGACUAUGAAAGGAGAUGAAUUUCAAUCUUGGGUGGUUAACGGUUCAGUUAAUAAGGACAGCCAAGGCACACCCAAUUUUGGUGGAUGGGAUGAGCUGGAUGGAAUGGAAUCAAUGCAGCAGCCACCUAAAAGGGCACGUCAGACUCCAAAAACUUCUUCAGCAACUGGCAAACUAGGUAGGAGGAGGAGAGAAAGGGAUGCACCCUUACUCUUGAGAUUGUUAAUUGCACUGUUCCCAUUUUUAGGUUCCUGGACAAAGAUGCUUUAGUGAUUUCUGGUUUCUCCACUCUGCCAACAUUAAAUAUGGUAGUGUGGUGCAUGAAUUCGAUGGGUUUUGCUAGAACUAAAGCAUGAGUUCAGGAUUUCAAAGGAUUUAUUACUGUGAGCACAUUCCUUGCCAUUGGAAUUGAGGGAAGUAAGACUUGUAGAAUCAUUAUUUACACCCUAAUCAUCCUAUUAGUUGCUUCUUGUUGGGAUGUAGGGUGAUUUUCAAAAUUUUCUAUUCACUGCAUUUUUUCCUCCGAUAUUAUCAAACUAUAAAUAUAUAUAUAUUGACAUGAAUACCACAAAAUUGAGAUUUGUAUUUGACUUAUAAUGAUAUGUUUUGUCCAUUC